AUGCCUGGAAGUAGAGUGGAGUUACAACUAUCCACUGAACACCUAGAGAAUAGAAGAAGAGUCUUCAAAAGACUCUUUGUUAUGCUAGAACCAUGCAAACUGAAUUGGUUAGGAGGGUGUAGGCACAUCAUUUCACUCGAUGGCUGCCACCUUAAAGGAGUUACAUUUGUAUGUCUUUUAACUGCUGUUGGGAAAGAUGGAAACGAUGGCAUUGUUCCUAUUGCAUGGGCAGUAGUGAACAAAGAAAACAAGAACAAUUGGAGAUGGUUUUUGGGUUGGUUGAAGCAAGAAAUGAUGCUAGAUGAUGGAGGUGAUGUUAGCAUCAUGUCAGACAUGCAAAAGGGAUUGAUGGAAGCUGUAAAAGAGGUUACUCCAGAAGCUGAGCACCGAUGGUAUGCAAGGCAUAUCUAUGCCAACUGGAGCAAAAAGUGGAAGGGUGAGGAACUCAAAAAGAGUAUAUCUGAUGCAAGGCACAAACCAAUCAUUUCCAUGCUUGAGGAUAUUAGGGUGAUAGUGAUGAAUAGGAUUAAGGACAGGAGGUGUUGGGUUGGUGGUUGGAAAUCUGAUUGGUGUCCCAAUGCUUUGAAAGUGUUUGAAGCAAAUAAACAAUCCUCUGUUGACUGUAAUGUUUUAUGGAAUGGGGAUAAUGCUUAUGAGGUCAGUCAUGCAGAUGACAAACACAUUGUGUUUGUUGAUACAAGACAGUGUACAUGCAGAGCAUGGGACCUACAUGGAAUUCCUUGUGCUCAUGCAAUAGCUGCAUGUUACUCAUCCAAGAUGGAGGGCCUUCAAAAGUGA